AUGGAGAAGUUGGAUAUGGCAAGGAAAAAGUUCGUCACGGUACUAAAACCCCCCUGCAGACUGUGCUUGACAAAAAAUUCUUCUUGAGCUACAGUAAAUAUGGAAUGAUGCACACAAAUUUUCACGCAUGACAGACAGUUUUGAUGUACUAUUGCAAAAUUGCGCAUGAUGUGUGAUCUUCGUGGUGACCUUUUUUUUGUUGGAGAUUCAAGGAUAUGAACUGCAAAAGUAUCGUACUCGUAUAAAUGCAUUACGAAUUUCCUCAGCAUGAGAGCGAAAAUCUGUAAUGCGGAUUUGCCUAAAGAGAAAGAUUUGUAAUGCAAGACUUGCAUUCAUACGAAUACGAUACUUUUGCACAGGAUAAAGGAGGCCCGGUACCGCCGGGGGGAGUUCAUCGAUUCGGCGCACCGAUUAUCAACUGCAAAUAUGUCUGGGUCUGGAAACUUGUGAUGCAAGGACGGGGAUAGGGAGCGUAAGUACUGUAAUGCGCUGCCAAGCAUGACAAGCUUUUCCAUGGGUCUGGGUUCUUGCGUAGUACUCCGCAUGAGAAAUCGCGUUUUUGCAUGACAGGUGGCAAGAGGAGCUCUUUGCGGCCACGCAAUACAGAGUUCAGAGUCAUGCCAGGCCAGCAUUACAAAUCUCGCAAUUAUCUCCCAGACAUCCAGACGCAUUUGCAUUGCACACCGAUUCCGUGUGUGUGAGUGUCUCGGUGCGGGGGCGUUUGCCGAAUUGUAUUUGGUGUUCGAUUAUGCAUUGCAAAGGUAUCGCACUCGUAUUGCAAUCAUGCAUUACAAAUCCGGUUCUUAAGGCAAAUUAGCAUUACAAAUUUUAUUUCUCAUAAAAAUCACAAGUACGAGCGCGAUGGUACUUUUGCCAUGCAUAUUGACACGGAGAACAGUAGGAAUUUAGCCGCGAAGUGCGAAAAGCCACCGAGUAGCCGCCAAAAUGGUAGUUUUACUGAUUUUUAUUUCGACUGUCUGAAUUGAAAUUAUGCGUUCUUGCAAGAACUUCUUUAGCACGGGCGAUUUUUUUCUGAAGUUUUUUUGAAACAUCAUUAUUUAUGAUCCGUCAUGAACAACAUAUGAAUAUGAAUUUCACAACCCGUUGCUUUAGCUUUAUCUAUCAACAAGAACAGAAUCCGACCGGCGGCGCGCCACGCGGCUGCACAAAGAGGCAGUUUUCCAGGGGAUGUUGUGCCGCAGUUGGGGCCAGGUAAACUUUGAGAAGUUCGCGUCUCUCCCAGUUUCCCAACGGGUUUACAUGGAGUGGAAGGACGAACAGUUAAAAUUGAAAAAGGAUAUGAAUUGCAAAUAUAUCUGGGUCUGGAAACUUGUGAUGCUGGGCGGCGUAUCAUCAGGAGGCCACAAGUGCUGGCUCAGCAUGACAAGUUUCGGAGCUUCUAGGUGUUGCCUAUUCUGCAUGACAAACUGCGUUUCUGCAUGCCAGAAAAAUUGCGCUCUUGGGUAACGUGCAUGACAGAUUUGAGAGUCAUGCCAGACAAGCAUGACAAACAUGCAUUCUUCCAGACCCAGACAUAUAUUUGCACUUGAUAACGGAGCAAGGUGAGCAAGAUGAUGCAGCUGCAGCAGAAGCGGCCGAUAAAAAUGUCGGGACGCUCAGCUCUUCUUCCAGUGGAGGUGGAACUUCGAGCAAGACAACCACGUCGGCCUCCAUGAAGAGUUCUUCCUCCUCCUCAUCUUUAUGACGGUGCACAACUCCCCGUCCCCCUCAUUUGUAUAGCAUGAACGGCAAUACAAGCAUCAGCAAGAGUGCCGGUUUUGCAUGACAAAUUUGCACUGGAGUGUAGUGCUAUUUGGGCUACCAGAACUUGUCAUGCAAACAGUGCCAAGUGGCAAUGGGUGGGUUGGGUAUUUUGCAUGACAAAUGAGGGGCGGGAGGGGGAGUUGUGCACUGUCAUAAUCUUUGAUCCAGUUGCACAAUGGAGGAUCCACGACAAAUAAAUCGACGCUGAAGCGCAGACGCAUGUCCUCGGCCAGUGUGACCGGCGCCAAUGUAGUUAAAGGCGCAACAACUUCUACGGGGGCGAACAGAACCAACACUAAGCAAGCCGCCAACAACAUCUCCACCUCCAAUAAAGGCGCAGGUAGUACUUGUAAUAUCGAGGGAGACAUCAACAACAGUGACAACACGAAGAAAAAAAUCGAUCCUCGGUUAGAGUGGUUGAACUUGGAGCUGGGAGAGUCCUAUGAGUUUGUGGAAGAAAUGUCUUCGGGAACGGUUUUUGACGCGCGAGUAAAGCCGGGACAGCCACAACGAACAGGGCUAGUACAAGAAGAACACCAGCACGACGACACUUCUGCUAAUCAAGCCACCUGUCAAGCACAAGUAGCGGACCAGCAAAUAAGCAGCGGGAAAAAGAUGGGAAGCAAGAUGAAUAGUUUCAAACCCGCACCCAGGGCGGCGGGGGCAACAGCUGCAGGAGCUGACGGAGAGAGGAACUACAGCAAGGGGAACAAGACCACCGGAGGAGGAGGUCGCAGUACCAAUAAUAACACGCCGAAGAGUGCCAACAAGCGCACCGCGUCGGCUGACGCAAAUAGUACGCUGCUGAACAAAACCACUUCCGCUAAGACGACUGCUGUCUUUGCAAGAAGUACUCUCGGCAAGAUCGUGGGAGUAGAAGAUCAUGGCCAUGACGGGGACACGACCCUUCUCCGCUCAUCCCGGAAGCCCAUCAUCCCGAUCGACAGAAGCGAGACGAACGAAACCAUAUUGCGAGGAAAAAUCCCCCCUCCCCAUAUUGACGAUGUAUGUUUCAUCCGAAAAUUUGUGUUGCUGAUUUGUGGCCACAAAUCGCGUCUGUCUUGCACGGAAGCAACUCCACGAGCUCCGCAGCAUUGUGCAGGCGGUUUGUGAUGCUGAUGGGCCUACAGCACGGACGUUCCCCAUGCUAGACGCCUAGGCCAAAGCCUCUCUAUCUAGGCUAAGUAUAAUCCUGCGUUUAUCCUCUCCAGCACGACAAAACUGAUUUGCGUACGCAGAUCCUGCAUCAGAAACUUCGUUUUGAUAUGGGGAGGGGGGAUUUUUCCUUUUGAUGAACCAGAUACAGUCCGCAUUUCAAGUUGAACGACGGGCGCACCUGCAUCCCGCGGUUCUACGGGUUCUGGGACAACCCGGCGCAAAAGGUGGCCGGGUCCGCGAAAUUUCACGACGCAACCUUGAUGCAGCGCACCAUGAGCUCUGGUAGUUGUGGUAUGUUUCACCAGGAUCUCAACUAUAGUCCACCGACGAAGGUCAACAAGAAUGCAACCAACACUGCCGCGAGCUCGAAAGGUUCGAAAACAACGAUAGUUGGGGGCAAUCCGGCAGUCGGUGGCAUUUCUUCGUGCACGGAGAUUGACAUCUUCGUAUCCUGGGCAAAAGUACUGUCGCACUCGUACUAAUUGCAUUUAUGCAUAUACAAAUCUCCAUCCUAAGGUAACACAGCAUGACAAAUUCCAUCUGUCAUGCUGAGGUAAUUUGUAAUUUAAUUACUACUAGUACGAUGCUUUUGCAAUUCAUACUUCGACCGGCGUGACAAGAAAUCUACUUGUUCCCCCGACGUCAAAGCCGACACCUAUCCCACGGGGCGGAAGUGCGCCUUUUUCCUGUUGGAGGUGAUGGGCCGGGACCUGUGCUGCGUCCGGAAAAAAGUGAACGAAAAUCACCAGUUGUCCAUCCCUAUCCUGUGCGAAUGUAUCGUACUCGUAGUAGUCGCAAUUAUGCAUGGCAAAUCUAUUUGCUUAGGUAAAUCCGCAUUACAAAUUUAAUUUGUAAUGCUGAGUUAAUUUGUAUUGCAAAAAUUAAUACUACGAGUUCGAUACUUUUGCAAUGCAUAAUCCCCGCGGUUGGCUUCCUCGGGAAACAGUUGAUCCAGAUGUUGCAAAUGAUCCACGAAGAGGGGGUUCUGCACCGCGACAUCAAGCCGCAGAAUUGCAUGCUUGGGAACAAUAAUCAAACGAAAAUGGACCUCCAUCUGGUCGAUUUCGGUCUGGCCACGCAGUUCGAUUUGGCCCAGGACACCUUGAUUCACGUCAUUUACCGGGAGUCCAGCGGGGAAAUCUUGAACAACCAGGAUAUGCAAUGCAAGAGUAUCUGUAUCGUACUACGUAUAAAUUGCAUUGCAAAUUUCCUUAGCAUGUGAAAUGGAAUUUGUCAUGCUGUUUUGGCUGAGGAAGGCGAUUCGUCAUGCGUAAUUGCGAUUACUACGAGUGCGAUAUUACUUACUUUUGCACUGGAUACAGGAUAUCGUCCGGCAAAUUGAAGACCUUCACGGAAAGGAGGCCAGCUAUGCAAGAAAAAAACUCGUGUAAGUGUAAAUCUGUAAUGCAGAACACGCAACAGAGUUACACCUGUCAUGCCAGACAGCCAUGAAGUUCUCUUUUCAUGUGUGUUUUCACUUACAAGCCACGCAUGACAGGUUUUUUCUGUUAUGUAGAACAAAUUUGUGAUGCUGUCAGCCAAAGAUAGUUACACUAACACAGUUUUUUUCUUGGAUAUCAGCUACCGCGAGAAUAACCGAACCAGCUGCCCCGAGCACUUCUACACGACGCAAAAAUUGGUUUUGAACCAGAAAGUAUCAACGUCAAAUGUGUCUGGGUCUGGAAGAGUGUAAACUUGCCAUGCAGGUUUUCCAUGACCUUGACCACCCAUGAGAUCUGGAAUGCGGGACCUAGCAUGACAGACUCUGUGAGGUGGUCUCUGUCAUGCCAAUCCUGCAUGAGAAACUCCCACCCAACUUGGUCGAAAGUGGACAGCUUUUGGCAUUCAUGCAACACAGAUUUUUGCAUGAUUCAGAUUCAGCAUGACGAGUUGCAUUCUUCCAGACCCAGAUAUAUUUGCAAUGCAUAGAAAGUUUUGAAACGGAUGCAGCAAACCUUGAGUUCGCACCUCGCGCCUACACCUUCUGCGGCUCCAGGGCUCCACAGCACCUUCCCGAAGGAGACCAAGUACGUUUCGUUUUCCAACUUGCCGAAGGAGACGCAGGCUUUGUUCGAGAGUAUCGUGAGAAAAAAGUGUUACAGUUACACACUCUCAUGCAAGACAGGCAAGACAGACAACCUCUGUCAUGGAGGAAACGCUUGCCAGCGUUAUUUCAUUCGUGUUUUCCCUUUAUAGUCUGCGCAUUACAAGUUUUCUUUGCCAUGCAGAGUAAAUUUGUGUUGCUGAAAUUACAACAAAUGUGUAACUGUAACACUUUUUUCCUGCGAUAGAGAGAAUCGCGAAGCAGUACAACAGGGCUCGCACGCAGCUCGCCCCAAACCCCGAUAAUCCGCACGCGAGCAACACGGGCACCAAAGACCACCCGAACAGGUCGCCGCUGAAAGUUCAGGAUAUUCGAGAGACGUGGCUUCCUAUCCUGUGCAAAAGUAUCGUAGUCCUACUAAUCGCAUUCAUGCAUUACAAAUUUCUAUCUCAAGUUAAAUCUGCAUUACAAAUUUUAUUUCUCAUGCUGAGGAAAUUUGUCAUGCGAUUUAUACUACGUGCGAUGCUUUUGCAUUCCAUACUCCCCGCGCAUUAUUUGAAGCGGCGCAGCCGCAACGUGGCCUUCCGCGGAACGGCGGCCUACGGAUCAAUUUCGGCGCUGGAGGGGUAUGAGCAGAUAUCAAAUGCAAAAAUGUCUGGGUCUGGAAGAUUGUCAUGCUAGUCUGGUAUGACUCUGCACUCUGUAUUGCGCGGCCACCAAGAGGUCCUCUUGCCUGUCAUGCAAAAGCGCAGUUUCUCAUGCGAAAUACGCAUCACAGAAGCACGAAAAAACUUGUCAUGCUUGGCGGCACAUGGCAGAGCACUUUAUUGUUCACGGACUUGCAUCACAAGUUUCCAGACCCAGACACUUUUACUUUUGAUAGCAGACCAGGUGGGACGAUAUCGAGGGUGCGUUUUGGGUAUGCAUUGCAAAAGUAUCGUAGUCGUAGUAUCUUGCAUUUAUGCACGACAAAUCUUUUUAUCAAGGUAAAUCAGCAUGAGAAAUUCCAUUUGUAAUGCUGAGCGAAGUUGGAAUGCGAUUAAGUACUACUAGUACGAUGCUUUUGCAUUUCAUAUUGGGUGAUGUUCGAUUUGCUCCUCGGUGGGUUGUCCUGGCGCCGGUACUAUCAAAUGCAAACAUCGUGAUCUGGGUCUGGCAGCUUGUAUUGCUGAUACUUGCAUUGCGGCCUAUGCCUAGCAGCUUGUACGCCAUAUACAGCAUCAGAAGCUGUUGAUUCCUCGUAAAACGCAUGACAAACUUCCAUCGAGCACGACAAAGAAACUGGCCCAUCGCAUUCCACCUGCAUCACAAUUUUUUCUCGCUGUCCUGCACAUAGAAGCGCAUGAUAAAUCGUCCAGGCCCAGAUCGAUAAGUUUGCAUUGCAUAGGUACAGCCGGGCGGACAUGCUGGAAAGGGAGAAGAAAGAGAAGGAAGAGAGGCGCAGGAACGGAGUUACGGCGGACGAUCUCAGGAGCGGGGGGCACAACUACAGGUAACGGUUUAGGGAUAGUUAGUACACCGCUCCUAGUACAGACAGAUCAACAUUUAACAUCGUUUCUAUCUUUUUAGGUAUUUUUGCAUGACAGACACAGACUACAUUUGCUUUGUUGAGUCACGCAUGACAAGCUAACCACACAAGAAAUCGGGCCAAAAUCAACCUCCGCUUCUUCGAUUUAUCACAGGCACGGCUCGGACAAGUCGAAGCAGAAGUUUAUUCUCAGCGAGAAGAAGCUCUUCGUAUCGGAAUUGUAUAAUUCGAAACUGCGAGCCGCGAAGGACUUUAUCGCGCGCGACAAGAUCUUUGCCGGGCCGUGGAGGGUUACUUCGGACUCCAAAAAAAUGAACAGUAGACGGUCUUUAUCCAAGAGAAAUUAUAAAACUGCGUAUAGUGUAAGUCUGUAAUGCACACCAGCCAUGGAACUACCACACAGUGAGUUGAGUUGAUGUUACACUUCGUCAACAUGCUAGCCGGCCAGGAGAUCCUACCUCAUGUGUCGUGUUUUCACUGAUACUAGCUGUGCAUGACAGGCUUUCUGUGUCAUGUACUACAGCAGAUGUGUCAUGCUGUCACUCCACGACGAGACCUACACUAAUCCACAGCUGUUUCUCUCUUGGAUAGGCUUCCGGUCCGGCGGUACCCCUAUGGCGUUCUCAACUGUUACACUCUCAGCUGUUACAUGAAUUUGUCACGCAAGAAUGGCAAAAGUGAAAGCGGGAAGGUUGCGCCUUUUGCAUUACAGGUCUGGAGCAGAUUAUUAUGCUAUCUAGCGCGUCGAGAACUUGUCAUGCGCAGAAGGCUUGAAAUCGUGGAAAGUGAUAGCGUUUUUGCAUGACAAAUUCAUGUAACAGCUCAGAAUGUAACGUUUGAGAACGCCAUAACCCCACAGUAGCUCUUCGAGCGGCGGACUCGGGGGGAGGUUGGAAUUCCAUAUGAAUUGCAACAGUGUCCUCGUACUAGUCCUAGUGGUAAUUGCAUUACAAAUUUUCUCAGCAUGAGGAAGGCAAAUUGUCAUGCUGAUCUACCUUGAGAGAGAGAUUCGUGAUGCAUAAAUGCGAAGAUUACUACGAGUGCGAUGCCUUUGCAUUGGAUAUUCCAAACGAUGCAACAAUUGAUCGACGACGGCAAUCCACGGUUCAGGGGCUGCGGAAAGUGGAUGCCGAAGGUAGAUGAAAUUUAUGCACAGAAUUUUUUCGAGUUUUUUAUGUUCUUGUACAUCAAGAGCAUGAGAUGAAUUUCAUGCAAUUAUUCCCUGUUGAUGAACUUGAACAUGAAAGUAAAAACUCCAAAUAAAAUAAUCACAGUGUCUUACCGACGCUUUUCUAGAGAUUCUGGACAAGCAGAAAUCUUCGCAGAUGUGUAUCGAAAGGAAAAAUUCCCCCUCCCCAUAUCGAAAGGGAAAUCUGUGAUGCUCGAUUUGCGUACACAAAUCAGAUUUGUCUUGCUGGCGAGGACUGCUGGCCCAUAUCGAGCCUGCGAAGACAGGUGCUGGCCUAGGCGCUCAGCAUGACAGACGUCUAUGCUGCAGGAGCAUGAGCAUGACAAACCGCCUGCAGAAUGCGGCGGAGCCGGUGGAAUUGCCUUCAUGCAACACAGAGACGAUUUGUGGUCACAAAUCAGCAACGCAAAUUUUCGAAAACGUACCUUGUCAAUAUGGGGAGGGGGGAUUUUUGUUUUUCCUUGUGAUAAUGUGUAUCCCUUGCUCAGACGUUAAUACGAAUCUCACCUGUUACAGAAUAAAAUAUGGAAUGAGAAAUCUGUGGUGGAGGUGGUAGAUAGAAGCGCAUGAUGGAAAUUUGAUUCCUCGGCGAAAUUUGUAUUGCGAAAGCCGCAAGAUAUGGACCACUCUGCAUGUUAAUAUUUCUCAUGCUUUUCAUGCAACACGUAGUUGUAGUACACGACGAAACUCAGACAUUAUUUAUUUACAAUGUGAGAUUGUAAAAACUGCUGAGCACGGUAUAUUGUGCUUCCAAAAGCCGGAUUAUCAGCGGUACAUGCAGGCCUUUGAGAAGUGCGAAAUAGAUAUCAAGUGCAAAUAUGUCUGGGUCUGGAAGAAUGCGAGGUUUGUCAUGCUUCCCUGGCAUGACUAAAAAGUUUAUCAUGCGUGUCGAAGAUGAAACCCGUUUACUUGUCAUGCACAAACCCAGUUUGUCAUGCGGGAUAGAAGCGCAAUAGUAAGCAGCGCAGAUCUUUCUCGUGCUUGGCUGUGCAACAUUACAGAGCAUUCACUCUUCCCAAACGAGCAGUACAAGUUUCCAGACCCAGAUCGAUAUUUGCAAUGCAUAAUCGACUUCGGGAGGCAAUUUUACUGCGACAAAUUUUACCCGCGGGAGUUGCGAGCGAAGCAACGGCUUUCUGCCUCGCAAUCAGCCGCACAGUUGACGACUUCUACAGGCGUAGUGGAUCAAGGCUUACCUCCUGGCGAUCGUGCCCGAGCGGACCAGGUCGUGGCCGCAUGCGCCUCCAGCAAGACGACGUCUACGACCUCGCUCGGAGAACGGUCCAAAUCUCAACCCACGCUAACCACUUUUACGGAGUCUGAUUUAAAUCCACGAACCUCGUUUCCGGUGGAAGAAAUGAACAUCUUCAAAAACCGAGCCAUGUACAACACGGCAGGUACUAAGUACAGCUUUUUUUUUUACUAGUCUUAUGGUUGCGUCUACACGACCUGCUCACAAGCGGGGGAAAAAUUUGUCCCCUCCCAAAAUGCUUGAGGCACCAGCUGAGAUAGAUGAGAACAAAGGGAGCAGCUUUUGACCUGAAACGCCAUAGAUGUUGUCGGUGUCUCAUGAACAAACUGUCUCAAAUGCAUUCCACCAAAAAGCAAACAGUUGUGCUUUCCGACCUUUGAUCCCCCUGGCACACUCUGCGGAAGCGCCGAGCGCUUCCGACUGUCUGGCCAAAGCCUCUUCGGCAGAGGAAAUUAGGCAACUCGAGCCAUAGAGCAUGGCUCAUCUCCAGUUGCACCUAAUAAAGGGAAAUCUGAAGCGGCGCUGAAAGUAGCGCCGAAGUCGACAGCCCCCUGAAGUGUCCUUUGCCGCCCCGCAUUUACAACGACACAGGGGUGCCAAGCGACGCCUUCGGGGCCCGCUGUAGUUGGAACUUGGCACGCCGGCUUCUCGACAUGAAACAGCAAUAUCGCCUGGUGCAACUCAAUAAAAGUGCGACUUCUUGGUAGGGAAAAAUUAAAAAACUUCAAAUGUUGCUUGAGACUGUGACAGUUUUUUUGCAGGAUAUUCGAAUCGAGCCAUGUACAACAACACGACAGGUAAAACUUCUUCUACUUCGUCAAGCGGCGCCGGUGCUGAAAAUUCUAAGAGCGAUGACACCCCGAAGAAGAACGUCGGGGGCAACAGCGGUACUUCUAGUACAGCGAAAAAUAAUGCGCCCAAUAAUACGACCCCCGGUGCAGCAGCAGCGACUUCUUCCCAAUCUGCGAAUAGCGUCGCGGCACUAUUACCCCGCGCCCUGAUGAAGGAGAUUCUGGACGAACCGCGUGACAAAGACGUGUUGGUCCUCACUAACGGGCGGGUGAACAUUUCGCAGAGUAAGGUGAUUUAUGCAUUGCAAAUAUGUCUGGGUCUGGAAACUUGUGAUGCUUAAAUCAUACUUGUGGGCGCACUGCAAUACGCAGCCAAGCAUGACAAAUUUUUCUUGGGCUGCUAUUGUCUUUCGUUUUCGGGGGCAUGGCAAACUGCGUUUUUGCAAGACAGGCAGGAGGCCUGUUGCCUGCUCGUGCAUCACAGAUUCAUGAGUCAUGCCAGACAAGCAUGACAAAGUCGCACUCUUCCAGACCCAGACAUAUUUGCAUUUGAUAUGAUUUGCCAGGAGCGGUUUUGCAAGCCGAGCGAGCGGGACAUUCGGCGGGCUAUGCAUUGCAAAAGUACAAUUGCAACCGUGCAUUACAAAUGUUUUUCUCAAGGUAAAUCCGCAUUACAAAUUCGAUUUUCCAUGCUGAGGGAGUUUGUAAUGCAAUAAUACUUACAGGCACUACUGGUACUUUUACAAUGCAUACGGGCCACGCAGGAGCAGUUUUCGGAUGUUCAUUUCUACGACGAGGGGCUUCCGGAAUCGACGUUAUCUUUUCCGUCAACCUCUUCCUCCGAUCAGAACGUACCGUCCGGAGGGGGCGGCGGCCCGGUGGGGGGUGGAGGUGCUAAAAUGAAAAUGAAGAAUGGUCCACCUCCCGGGGGGAACACCAAAGGCACAGGCGGCGGGGGCCGCGCGGACCAUGAUCAUCCUCCUGCGGGGCGUAGCAGCAAUAAGACGUCGGGUAACAACUACAACAAUCACAAUACCGGUGGGACAAGCAACAACAAGCGUAAUAACAAUAGCGACAAGAACUACUUCUACGACAACAUGACCAACAGCAACAAGAUAUCCCACAGAAAAAAGGAGGCAGGGCAGAUUUGUAACGCAAAAAUAAAUACGCAGAAAAAUCUGUCGUGGGCAACCCCAUAGCAUGCUGUUUAGGACAUGCAAGACAGAUUGUUUUGUCUAUUUAUUUUUGCAUUACAAAUCUGACCUGCUUGCUUUUUUCUGUGUGAUACAAGAAACAGGGCAGCACGUUUGAAGUGCUCUCGGCGAAGAAGAUGCGAACGAACCACGGCGCGCAACUGCGGGAAAAUUUUAUCAACUGCAAAAAUGUCUGGGUCUGAUGAAAGAAAUCAGAUGUUUGUCAUGCAGCUUUUGCAUCUGCUUCUGCGCGGAGGUCUGGAAUACGCGCAAAGCAUGAGAAAUUCUUGGGAGGCUUCUUCAUGCCUAGCCCGCAUGAGAAAUGUCCCCUCGCCCAGACAAAAACCAGCUAUAUUUUGCUGACCAUGCAAGACAGAUUUUUACCUGUUUCGGAACUCGCAUGACAAGUUUGGAUCCUUCCAGAUCCAGACAUUUUUGCAUUUGAUAAAUUUGCAGAAAAUGCAAAAAGCCCGAGCUGGUGCUGAAGAUCGGGAUCACAGGGAGCGGCCUGCGCAGAACAAAGAUCAAGACCGAGACAAUUAUCAGAAGCUAG